CACAGUGAGUGUGUGUAACGACUUCUGGUUGCUGCUGAUGUUGCUGAUGCCCUACGAUGAAGUAGAGGAGGACAGCACUGGUAUCAUCAUGAGAGUUGUUAUCGUUGUCACAAUCAUCGUUGCACUACAGUGUUGCUGCUUGACUCUUGGACAGCUGACAGAUUCGAGGAUAAAAUGCUCCGCUCCAGCAGCAGAACUGACGAAGGAAGCUACUGUCACGUGUCUCUUUCCUCACGACAUCAGACAGAAAAAGACAGACUUUAUUGUCCGUCACAAUGAGACUGAGAGACAGCGAGGACAGAAUGGAACUCAUCAGAUGAAGACUGUGGCAAACUGUAUGUGGUUCAACGGAAAGCUGGACUGUACAAUGCAAACAGGCUAUAAACAUGAGGAGCAGGAUGUGACCUCAACAAAUUUUACACUGAGAAUACCGCACUUUCUUCAAAAUCACACCGGACAGUACUUCUGUGAAGUAGAUGGCCAGAAAUUUGAAAUCUGCUUACUGCUUCAUCAUACAGAUGUGACUACACCAAGGGCAACGGGGCCCAAAGAGUCUGUGACUACCAGUCUUCUCAUUAUAAUAGUUUCUACGACAGGGGCGGCUAUCACUCUGGCAUCUGUGGCUGUGAUUGUCUACAUUGCUUAUAGAUGUUACCAGAAGACGAAACGUGAACGAAGGACAAACAAUAUACGAAUGACAGAGAGAGGAGAGCAAGAAAGUCAGAACCUUGUGGACGGGGGCCAGAGCGAGCGGACACCCACCCCUGAGACCAACGGUGGUCAGCACGCUGACGUCAUCACCAGACUCCUGAGUGACGUCGACAGGUCUGUGCUCCAUCGCUGCUGCUUCAGCAUCCAGCAAGAACAGAUGAAUGGUCAGUGCAGCCAAGGAAAAAACCGAGGAAUUGUUUGUGACUGCUCGAGGCACUCGCCAGCCCCCGCUGGGUACGUCACGCUCGGGAAUCAUGGGAAAUGUGGCGGUAGUGACGUCAUGAUGAGUGUCCAAGGGAAAAGUGUCUGUUGUGAAGGAUGUCCGACGAUGAGACAAAGCAAAGUUACUACGAUCCACGAGCACAAGCUAGAUGACAUCCUAGAUGACGACAGAAUGUUCAGCUACGAAGAGUCAUCCCCAAAAAAGGAACAGAUGAACACACCUGGUAAGAAUGCCUUCUACUCGACAUGUCACGUGUGUCAGGACAAAAUCAAGGUUCUUCACUGGGGACAAGACAUAGAUGGUCACAAAGGUUACACUGUGUCGGAGGAGGCAAAUCACUCGCAUCACGAUGAUAAGGUCCUUGUCUCAGUUCGUGUGCGAGAUGAGAGUGAGUCCACACUGCGGCCUGUUGAAACUGUUCACAUUAUUGAAUAAGAGCCGAGAGAUUGGUAAAUAACUAUCCUUUAAUAAAAAGGAAGACUCUCUACUGUAUGUAUCACAUUUGUAGAAGUGUAUCGCCAUUAACGCUGGUCUCGCGUUAGAAAUCACAUUAAGUCACGUGUGUGUAUGUUGUAUGCUGUAGACUGCAUAUAUGCUGAUGUCAUUCAUAAUAGUUUCAAUAUUACCAGCUGCUAUAACAGGAAUGACAAUCACCUUGCUCUUGAGACCAGCUCUGUGUGUGUUUAUUUUGUUUUUGUUUUUUUGUACAGCGCUUUCAGCCUCAUUUUGAUUAUGGAGAAAAGCGCUAUAAAAAUAAUCUCUUAUUAUUAUUAUUAUUCACGUGUGUGAACGUUAUAUUAUUUACGUAGUCACGAACUUGUAUUAUAACAGAAAGUAGAGCCUUAGUUUUUCCAAUAUUUUUCAUUUCUUGAGAAUUAUCUAACAGAUCUGUAAUGAAAACAUGUUUGCUAUGAAUACGAUUUACGACUUCGAUUAAAAAGAU